UAUAGGAAGGAAAAUAAUAACAUUAUUUGUACAGACUUGAAAGAUGGUGAUAAAAGACCAAUCCCAAACCCUGUCUCCACUUUUCAAGAAGCAUUUAAUCCUUUCCCAGAAGUUAUGACCGCGUUAACAAAUGCUGGAUUUGAGCGUCCUACUCCAAUUCAGUCCCAGGCAUGGCCAAUAAUUCUUCAAGGAUUGGAUCUGAUUGGGAUUGCGCAAACAGGCACUGGAAAAACACUGGCCUACUUAUUACCGGGGUUCAUUCAUUUAGAUCUUCAACCAGUACCUAGAAAUAAACGCAAGGGACCUGGUAUGCUGGUUUUGGCACCAACUCGAGAAUUAGCUCUUCAAGUCAAGGAAGAGUGUUCCAAGUACCAAUACAAAGAAUUUGAAAGCAUUUGCAUUUAUGGCGGUGGUGACCGUAAAGGCCAAAUAAAUGUGGUUACAAAGGGAGUGGAUAUAGUCAUUGCCACUCCAGGAAGAUUGCAUGAUUUGCAAAUGAAUGAAUUCAUUAACCUAGAAAGUAUAACUUACUUGGUUUUGGAUGAAGCUGACAGAAUGCUAGAUAUGGGGUUUGAACCCCAAAUAAUGAAGAUACUGCUUGAUGUUCGACCCGACAGACAAACUGUAAUGACAAGUGCCACCUGGCCAGAUGGUGUUCGACGUUUAGCCAGAAAUUACUUGAAAGAUCCGUUGAUGGUGUAUGUUGGAACACUUGAUUUGGCUGCUGUUAAUACAGUAGAACAGAGAGUUUUAUUGAUUGAAAGCGAAGACAAAAAAGCUUUUACUAUUGAUUUCGUUUACUCACUAAAACCUGAGGACAAAGCAUUAAUAUUUGUUGGAAAAAAAGCGAUUGCUGAUGAUUUGGCAAGUGACCUUUGUAUUCAGGGAAUCCCUGUUCAGUCAUUACAUGGCGAUAGAGAACAGCGUGAUAGGGAAGAGGCCCUGGAUGAGUUCAAGACGGGCGCAGUGAGAAUAUUAGUGGCUACUGAUUUAGCUUCCCGUGGGCUAGAUGUGCAUGACAUUACACAUGUUGUAAACUAUGAUUUUCCUCGCAACAUUGAAGAAUAUGUGCACAGAGUUGGUCGCACUGGAAGAGCUGGACGCUUGGGAGAAUCAAUUACUUUGGUAACAAAAAAUGACUGGAAAAUUGCAAGAGAACUGAUUAACAUACUGGAACGUGCAAACCAAGUAAGAGAGCAGAGUGUUUAUUGUUUAGUCUGA